AUGGUGCCAGUUUCGUACUUGAGGCAGCCUUCAUUUCAGGACUUGCUGAACAUGGCUGCAGAGGAAUUUGGUUAUGAUCAUCCAAUGGGUGGCCUGACCAUUCCCUGCCGUGAAGAAACUUUCAUUUCUGCUACGUCAAACCUCAAUGUGCCAAAGGGUUACUUGGCAGUAUAUGUUGGGGAGUCGCAAAGGAAGGGAUUUGUGGUACCGAUUUCGUAUUUGACCCACCCAACCUUCAUUUCAGGAUCUGUUGAGUAUGGCCAGAGAGGAGUUUGGUUAUGA